CUCGCUGUGUUGUUCUGCAGUUGAUCAGCGGCGGUUCGGUGGUCAGCGCGGAGGCAGUAUGGGAUCACGUGACGAUGGCCGAGCGGGAGCUGGCCUUCAAGGCUGGAGACGUCAUCAAGGUCCUGGACGCCUCCAAUAAAGACUGGUGGUGGGGUCAGAUGGAUGACGAGGAGGGCUGGUUCCCCGCCAGCUUCGUGAGGCUGUGGGUUAACCAGGAAAAUACAGCCACAGAAUCGGCUGAGGGUGCCGGCGAGGUACAGAACGGACACAGCGACCCCAGCAACGGCUGUCUGUGCAUCGGCCAAGCGCUGCAGAACCGAGACCAGAUGAGGGCCAACGUCAUCAACGAGAUCAUGAGCACUGAGCGCCACUACAUCAAGCACCUGAAGGACAUCUGUGAGGUACCAUGGAGCGAUCACAGGGACAGUUCAGCCCAAAAUUCAUGUCAUUGUGUCGUUCCAAACCCAUAG